AUGUCUUCUCUAAUGGUCAUUGUCAUGGUGCCUUAUACAAAGUACUUUCAGGUGGAAUACAUGUUGGUAUCUUUUGAUCAUGAAAAUAAGAAAGUCCAGUUGGUCCUGAAUGGAGAAGAUGUUCUUGAAACUCUACAAGAGAAGGGAGAAAGGACAAAUCCAAACCAUCCUACCCUCUGGAGACCAGAGUAUGGGAGUUACAUGAUCGAAGGGACCCCUGGACAGCCCUAUGGAGGGACAAUGUCCGAGUUCAACACAGUGGAGGACAACAUGAGGAAGCGCCGCCAGGAGGCUGCUUCGAUAUUAGGAGAAAACCAGGCCCUUUGCACAAUAACUUCAUUUCCCAGAUUAGGCUGUCCUGGGUUCACACUGCCCGUGUGUAAACCCAACCCAGUCGAAGGAGGAGCAUCAAAGUCCCUCUUCUUUCCAGAUGAAGCAAUAAACAAGCACCCCCGCUUCAGUACCCUAACAAGGAAUAUCCGGCACAGGAGAGGGGAGAAGGUCGUCAUCAACGUACCAAUAUUUAAGGACAAGAACACACCAUCUCCCUUCAUAGAAACAUUUCCUGAGGAUGAGGAGGCAGCCAGGGCUUCCAAGCCAGAUCACAUUUACAUGGAUGCCAUGGGAUUCGGGAUGGGCAACUGCUGCCUUCAGGUGACAUUCCAAGCCUGCAGCAUAUCUGAGGCCAGUUACCUUUACGAUCAACUGGCCACUAUCUGUCCAAUUGUUAUGGCUCUGAGUGCUGCGUCUCCUUUUUACCGAGGCUACGUGUCAGACAUCGAUUGUCGCUGGGGAGUGAUCUCUGCAUCAGUGGACGACAGGACUCGGGAAGAGAGAGGACUGGAGCCACUGAAGAACAAUAACUAUCGGAUCAGUAAGUCCCGAUAUGACUCGAUAGACAGCUACUUAUCUAAGUGUGGUGAGAAAUACAAUGACAUCGACCUGACCAUAGAUAAAGGAAUCUAUGAGCAGCUGGUACAGAACGGCAUCGAUCAUCUACUGGCCCAGCACGUUGCUCAUCUCUUCAUCAGAGACCCCCUGACCCUGUUCAAGGAGAAAAUCGACCUGGAUGAUGCCAACGAGUCUGACCAUUUCGAGAAUAUUCAGUCCACAAAUUGGCAGACAAUGCGAUUUAAGCCCCCGCCCCCUCACUCCGACAUUGGCUGGAGAGUGGAAUUCCGCCCCAUGGAGGUGCAGCUGACCGACUUUGAGAACUCCGCCUAUGUGGUGUUCGUGGUGCUACUCACCAGAGUCAUCCUCUCAUACAAGCUGGACUUCCUCAUUCCUCUCUCCAAGGUUGAUGAAAACAUGAAAGUAGCGCAGAAACGAGAUGCUGUCUUGCAGGGAAUGUUUUAUUUCAGGAAAGAUAUUUGCAAAGGUGGCAACGCCGUGGUGGAUGGGUGUGGCAAGGCGCCUGGUGGCUCGGACCUGUCCUCAGAGGAGUACACGCUCAUGAGCAUAGACACCAUCAUCAACGGGAAGGAAGGUGUUUUUCCUGGACUCAUCCCGAUCCUGAAUUCUUACCUGGAAAAUAUGGAGGUGGAUGUGGACACCAGAUGCAGUAUCAUGAACUAUCUGAAGCUAAUUAAGAAGAGAGCAUCUGGAGGUGGCUAUGUCGCUGUACGGGGCAACACUUACCAAGUAGCCAUAGGGAUGGACGUGUUGCAGCGUUGCCCUCACCCAGGAGGAAUUCUUCACAUACUGUGUGAGGCACCGCAGGGCUACACUGACAGGAGAACUAAUGACAGUUGCCAGGUGGAUGAGAGAAUUUAUUGCACACCAUCCUGACUACAAGCAAGACAGUGUAAUAACUGAUGAAAUGAACUAUAGCCUUAUUUUAAAGUGUAACCAAAUUGCAAAUGAAUUAUGUGAAUGCCCAGAGUUACU